UUACUUUAUUGUUUAAUUUUCUAACACAAAAUAUUGAUAAUUGUGAAUUUUAUAUACUUUUUGUUAUUAAAUUAUUGUGCUCAUUUUAUUAAAAUAGUAGAACAUAACUGUGUUAUAACCUUAAAUUUAGGUUUUUCAUAUUUUAAAUAUUAAAAUUUAGUUUUUUUUUAAAAUGUCAGACAAAGCAAUGCUAGUGCUCGGAGAAGCACCAGAGUCUGAUGACGAAAACCUACAAGAUACUGAAGCAAAUAAGAGCGAUAACAUGUUUUAUUCAAAUACUGAAAAUAAAGCCAUGGGAAAUGAUUUAAAGGAACUGGAAUUGGCUAUGAACUAUUAUGGUCACACUACUAUGAGAGGUGGACGAAUUAGACGAAGAAAAGAAGAUCAUAAUGAACAAGCUGAUAGUUUUAAAAUGUCAGAAGAUACACUACUUCAUCGAAAACUAAAAGAGAAAAACAUGCAGUUUUACUCAAAUCUAUCGUCAUUAAGCAAACAGAUGUUUGUAAAUGCUGUAAAUCAAAUAAACGAAACAGACCAACAGUUAGUUAAAGCUCAAGUAUUACUUCAAGAUACAGUUACCAGUUGGAAAUACAUUGAACAAAAUUUGUCCCAUAUAAAGAAAAAAAUGACAGAUAUUUUAUCUGAAGAAUACAUACCUAAAGUAAACAUUUAAUAAGUUUACUAAGUUAAUACUUAAUACCAAUGGUAAAUAAAUAAUAAAUACAAAUAAAUAGUAAAAAUAAAUGUUAAGAAUAAUUGUACUGUUUUAUUAUUAUAAUCGGCAGAUCAAUGUAAUA